GCUUUGUGCACUACGACCUUCAAGUUUGGUACUAUCGCGUCCGCUUCCUUGCUGUUUCUCACGGAGAAUCUUACCCCUUCCAAGCCUUCCCGUGAGAGGAAAGCUGCAAACGCCGGAUUUAGGUAGGGCUUCUUCUUCUUGUUCUGUUUGCGCUGACGAUUUAUCGCAUCGUUUGUUCAUCUCUUGGGUCUUCUUGAUCUGGAAUUCGGCUUUCUCGUGACUCCGUAUGCCAAUGCUACCUGUUUUGUGAGGUUGUAUGCAAACGCUACCUAGCUAUUGAAACUAUCGACGGACAUUAUUGUACUGGCUAAAAUCUAGACUAGAGGACAUCUGCGGCGGAUGGACAGUAGCGAGGAAGAGACGAUCAUGAGUGAUUCAGACCCUCUCCUCGAUAGGAAAGAUCAGUCAGGCUCAUUGCCCCAGCUCUCGCCACCACAGCCGGCAACCGUGACCGUGCUGGAGAUUGAGGAUGAGGAGACCGAUGGUUCUUAUGCCGCAUGCUGCCGCAUUUGCCUUGAGGCCGAGUCGGAGAUAGGUGAUGAGCUAAUAUCACCUUGCAUGUGCAAGGGAACUCAGCAGUUUGUUCACCGUUCAUGCCUAGACCAUUGGAGGUCUGUGAAGGAAGGAUUUGCAUUCUCACACUGCACAACAUGCAAAGCUCAGUUCCAUCUUCGAGUGGAAACUCUGGAAGAUAACUCAUGGCGCAAAAUAAAGUUCCGGCUCUUCGUGGCAAGAGAUGUUAUACUUGGUUUUCUUGCAGUUCAAAUUACUAUUGCUAUCAUUAGUGCAAUUGCAUACUUUCUAGACAGGGACGGAAGUUUCCGGAAUAGUUUCAGUGAUGGUUGGGAUCGUAUCUUGUCAAAGCAUCCAAUACCGUUCUACUACUGCAUAGGGGUUGUGGUUUUCUUUGUGCUGCUUGGAUUUUUCGGGUUGAUAGUGCACUGCUCGUCCUUGAACGACAACCAAGAUCCGUGCUUAGUUGGGUGCCGGAACUGCUGCUAUGGUUGGGGCAUCCUGGACUGUCUCCCUGCUUCUUUGGAGGCCUGCUUUGCCCUGGUGGUGCUCUUCAUCGUCGUGUUCGCUAUCCUUGGGAUUGCAUACGGUUUCCUCGCAGCGACUAUGGCCGUCCAGAGGAUCUGGCAGAGACAUUAUCACAUCCUGACCAAAAGAGAGCUCACAAAGGAAUACGUAGUGGAAGAUCUGCACGGCAGCUACUCGGCCCCGAAGCUUGAGCCAGAGCAUGAGGAGCGGCUGAAAAUGCUGAAGCUACUGUAGAUGGCCCAUCCGCAUCAAGACCACUGUAAAUCCCGCCUGUAUUGCUGUGGGCCGAAAGAGUGUUGGUGAGUUGGAUCGUCUGUGAAAGAAAAUGGUGACGCGAUUGAAACUUGUAGCUUUCUGAAUCGAAAUAUCCCCCCCCCCCCCCCCCCCUCCCCCUUUUUUUUAACAAAUGAAUAAAAUUUGGUCCAUGCACUGCACCUGGUUCUGAUCUAGUUGCUGGUCUGAAAGUCAGUGAAGACGCUUCUCGGGAGGCCCUUUGAUGAAGACAUAGGCAAACUGCGACGCGCUCGGCACGUGGAGAACAUGAACUCACCGAGGGAAACAUGCUCAUGGACGAAGUGAAGAUCGAUUUUCACAUGCUUGGUGCGGUGGUGCUGAACGAGAUUGCUUGACAUAUACAUGGCGUUCAUGUUGUCACACGUGGCUAUACAUGGCGUUCACGUUGUCACAUGUGGUGCGGCGGCGGCCGACGAAUCUUGGUGAGAAGUUGCCGAAGCCACACAGCCUCAACGACGGGCGUUGGCAAUGCCCUUGUACUCCACCUUGGUGCUCGAUCGCAAGACAAUGUUCUGGCAUUUCGACGACCAGCUGACGUGGUUGGAGCUGAGGAACACGUGGCGCAGCGGCGGCCGACAAAUCUUGGUGAGAAGUUGCUGAAGCGCGGCGACGGCCGACGAAUCUUGGUGAGAAGUUGUCGAAGCCACACAACCUCAACGAUGGGCGUUGGCAAUGCCCUUGUACUCCACCUCAGCGCUUGAUCGCGAGACAAUGUUCUGGCAUUUCGACGA